GCUCGCAUGCCUUUGGAGGAAAGAUCCCCCAUGUGCCUCAGUGCUGAAUAAAGCAUACCUACUUUACAACUUUAACAAGUUGUGGAGUCUAUCUGCGUAUCAAUUUGGCGAGCCAGGCAGGAGACCUCUGUUCAGCUGCAGGAUCACCUGAGGGGUGGACAUCCUAGGCACUCCAGGCCAUUUGCCUCAGGACCUCCGCUUGUUGUCUGCUCACUCCGGGGGAGAUAACCUGUGCCGGCUGUGGAAAACGGCUCCAGCCUCUUGUACACCUACCGGGCAAGAUCACUGUGCCUGGGCAAAUCCCUACAGAGCUUCACCCGGAGCAAUGACUCCCUGAUCCAAGAACAGCAGCUGACCUGAAGGUGCGCAGAGGUUGCAGUCAUGUUACUGAGUGACCAUCACAGCUACUUGUCGUUAUGAUCCCGGCGAGAUCCGAGGUCCCCGAGUUCUCCUAUCAAUUACAAUAUGCUUCAGAGGUGAAGAGGAAGACUGUUUGGUUCAUGAAUUUAAGAAGUGCAGGAACUCUGAAUGAGACAGGGUCUUUAGAUGAGACCACCUAUGAAAAACUGGCUGAAGAGACACUGGACUCCUUAGCAGAUUUCUUUGAGGACUUGACAGAUAAGCCUUUUACCCCAGAAGAUUAUGAUGUCUCUUUAGGGAGUGGAGUUCUAACAGUUAAACUAGGUGGAGACAUGGGAACAUAUGUUAUCAAUAAGCAAACACCAAACCGUCAGAUUUGGCUGUCCUCACCCACUAGGGUGGCUCCUUCCCCUUCAAACUUGUGGGAUUUCCUGCUUUGUAUGUUUAUGUGCUCUCCACUAGUUGUUUUUGUCAAGCAUCUGCCCUUUACCAAGCCUUGGCUAGCUGUUCCCUCUGCCUUCUCUGAUGCCGUGUUUUGGUCCAUUCCAGAUUUUCUGGUUGGUUUCAGCAGGGAGGACAGGCAGCUAAGUGGGAAAAUGUUGUAGCUGUCUCCCCCAAAAAUUUGUGUUCUCUGUCACUGUCUGGACUAAGGGAGUUGGUCAGUGUUGCUGGUGAAUGAACCAGUUAGCUGGAAAGUAUGAGCACUCCCAGUAACUGUACAGGCAUACCUCUUUAAUAUUGUUCAGAAAGAAUGUAUUGAUUGCAAAACUGGGAAUAAUUUUGCAAUACUUGAAUUCUGUAGCAGGGUUUGUGUCUUGAGGAAAAAAACCCACAAUGGAAUUCAAGACUUUUAAGAGAAACAAUUUUAAUAGACAUGAAAUUUACCUAAAGUAAAGUCUGGGAUACUUCAUAAAGUUUAUCUAAGGAAAAGUCUUGGGAUACUUACUAAAAACAGAACUGUAGAAAUACCUGAAGAUUAAUGGAUGAAGACUCAUCAAGUAAUCAAGAAGAUCCAGUUAGGAACUGAAUAUGAUUUUAAAAUAAUAUAAAGACUUGUGGGACAUUUAAACUUCUUGUUGCCUUCUGUUAAAUCUACAAUUGAUGUGUUAAAACCUAUGUAUAUGGCUGUUGCUGCAAAACGAAAUUGUUUCACUCAAUAAUAUGGAGUUUUACUGUUUAAGCUUUGUAAACAAACAUGUUCUGUAAACAGUGAAACUGGAGGAAACUGAACUCCCAUUGCUAUGUUUUCCAUUUUUGACAUCAGCAGUUCUGGUCCCUCUGCUUUGGUCUCUGAAUAAGAGUGGUGUUAUCCUUGUCCCAUGAUGAUAUUCAGAAAAAAGGUACUGCUGUUCCCAGGGCUGUCUUUUAUUUCUCAUCUAUAAAGGAUUCCUGCUUUGAACAGCUUAUACAAAUAAAUGUUAACAAUAUCGUGAUGGCAUUUCUCAAACCCUGGGUACUUAUUAACUUUGACUGACUUCCACUGGAAAGUAGGAAAUGCCCUUGGGGCAAAAUCUGGCUGGGAUCAAAUAUUUCCAAACAUGACUUUGCUUUAGUGUACUUAUGUACUGUUUGCUACACAGCACACCAGGCUAGUAAUUUUUGUACUAACUCCUAUCCCAGAAUCCUUUUAUUAAAUAAUUUACUUAGCAGGUAUGUGACUUGCUAAAGUACAGGUCUAGCAACCUAAACAAACUGUUUUGUUUAGACAGAUGCAGGCUGAGUGUCAGAAUUUAUUAAUUCAGUAUAUUUUGAAAUAGCAUAAUUUCUGAACCUUGAUUCUGUUUAAGAUGACUGUAAGAUUUUUGUGUCAUUGACAUGCAGAUUUCAUGUAUUUCUGAAAUUCAGAGAAUUCUUAAUCAGUUUAGAGCUAACACUAGUUGAGCUAAGACAUUAAUGCUCCAGAAUAUGGAAUUUGUGGAUAAACAUUAAACUUCCUUUUUUUUAUUGUGAAUAAAAAUACACAAGGAAA